AUGGACCCAGAGAACUCCUCCAUCUCCAAGCCGAUGAUCAUGGCCUUCCACUUCCUCGGAGCCCUCUCCCAUAUCCAGAAGACCACCACCCACUCCACCUUUGUCUUUCGGUGCCACCGGAUUCGGUGCGCUGCCUACACGUCCAUGGCACUGUCGACCGGAGCACACAGCGCCUGGAGCAGGGCACUGCUUCGCCAGAAGCCCCGAAGAGGGAGCUUGAGAAAGCGCACUGUCAUCCUCCAACGUCCUCGGAAGAGGGCAGUUAGGUUGGAAGAGGAUUGUCAAGAUGGUGCAGAUGUGCUUCGGAGGCUGGUGCCUGGCUGUGACGGCAUGGAUUCUGCCGAGCUGCUGGAUGAGACGGCAGAUUACAUCAGGUGCCUCGAAGAGCAAAUUAGCAACUCCACUGUAGAUCCAGGCAUCACUGUUCGAGAGCAAUCCACAGCCUGGACCAUCAUUCUCCAGCAGCAAGUACCUCCGGCUAGCAAUUUCUAG